AUGGCGAACUGGAAACAACGCGCAAAGGACAUACAAGGGCAGACGCUACAAGGUCACGAACAUAUUGUCAGCGCUGUUCGUUUUAUUCCGUCUGGGGGUCUUUUGGCUAGUGCAGACAAGGACGAGAGUGUGAGAUUAUGGAAUGUCGCCAAUGGUUACUGCGUUACAGCUAUACAAGGGCAUACUGGGUGGGUGGGUGCUAUCUCUCCAUCUUUAGACAGGCAGUUCCUUCUGUCUACUGGAGAUGAUAGGACUGUUCGGCUUCCCAGUAUAUCUACUAGUCAAGCAGAAUAUAAGUUCACAGCGAUCGGCCACGAAGAUCCUACUACGUGCUGUGCAGUUGCCCCAGUGGCAUCCUUUCGAUAUCUCACAUCAUCAAUAGGAACUAAAAGGUCAAUCACGGCAGUUGAGAUCAUAGCGACUUGA